AUGAAGCCCAUCAUUGUGGUGUUCAGUCUUCUCAGAUCUGAUCUUUCAGACCCCAAGGAAACAGUGAGCGGGGAACUAAGUGGCCAAGGGAGAUGGCUGAGCUCUCUGGCCCCUGAUCCAAGCAGGUUGAUCCUGCCUGAUUGGUCAGAACCUUGUUGCUCUCAUCUAGCUAGGAGGAAGGUAGGGGUCUGCAAGGCUCACCAAUUUGCAGAGCCUCACCGAGCUCCUGACAGAGCAGGCAAAGGGCUUACUGGUGCAGAUUUCAUGCUGAGAUUUAUGAAGCCUGUGAGAUUUGGUCCUAGUCCUGCUUCCAAAACCAGAAUCAAGAGACUUCCUUGA